AUGGCUUUUACAAAAGCUUCUGCCGUCGAUAUCAAUGAGCUUCUGGACAGAGUCCAUGAGCUCGACGAAGAGCACUCACAGCAGUCUUCGUUCAGGAAAUACACAGUGAGAGUGACCAACUUCUUGAACAUUUUCCAGCUUUCAGUCGGCGGGGCAUCUGUCUUCCUACAAGCAGAGUCGACCGCCUCGAUCGCACUAGGCGGCGCCAAGUUGAUCAUUGGUCUCGCCCUACGCUAUGUUGAAUACUUUGAUAAGGUAUCGGACAUGCUCGACCAAUUGUCAAAGUAUCUGGCUCCUCUGGCAAAAUAUGCCGAAAAGUGUGAUCUACCUAACAUAUGCAAUGCGCUGGCCGAUGUAUAUGCCGAUAUACUGAACUUCUACAGCGCAGCUCGAAGACUCUUCGUCGACGAUACUGGUAAGGCGAAGAACUACGCUUCUUUCAAGCUAUUCCUUCGUUCUCAAUGGACGCCGUUUGCAGCCGAGUUCGGCGAGAUCAAAAACUCUCUUCAAGGUCACAAAGAUAUCUUGUUACAUUCAGGGGUAUCCGAGAUACUUGUAGACAGCAGUGAGUCUCCAAAGCUCUUAGCAUCUCAUCAGAGGUCCAUUAAGAUCAUACAAAUAUCGAGCGAUCUUUGCCAGCCAUCUCCGUAUGGAAAGACUUUCCUUUGUAGCUGA